CAUCUGACCCGAGCAACGAAGACGGGGAUGAGCGACGGCCAUGUCAACGACAAAAAUAAGCCCGCGCGAGAAGACGAAGAAGCAAUGGAAGGAAGCCACUAACCAAUCCUUCGUUCGUCUCAAGUUGAUCCGAGCCACAGGCAACGGCGCCAUGGGCUCUGAUGGGUACAUCAACAAACCGCCCACGCCGCCGACGGGAACACACUGAGACGCGGACCAGCCACGCCGUCGUCGCUCCGUGCCCCAUCUAAGAGCUUUAGCCUUUUGGCCGCCAACAUCAAUCUCCCGGCCUGUUCCUCCCAUCCGUCGUCCGAACGCGCAGGAAACACGGCGGCAGGGAGACAGACUCCUCUUCUACCGUCGUCCGCGCAACACGAACCUGUUCAUGUCGGCCGUUUCCAUUGUAGAAGGGAGUUUUGCCCUCCCCUUCCUCAGACGACAAGAGCGACAGACAAGACGGCAAUGUGCGACCAGACAGACGGCAGUACCUGUACUUCGCCCAAGUGGCUGAUGCUAACGACCAAUCACAGAGACGGCGUCCCUUGCGUCAAACACCAUUCAUGUACGGCCCUAAUGCGCCAAGACUAGCCCCCGUCGCAAACCCCUCGAGAAGAGACAAGAAAAACCAAAGCUGGAUGGAUGGCAUCGCCAGACGAGAGAGACGACCCAGCGUCGCCCCACCCCCCGGGCACAGAGCAUCUCCGACCAGCAGCUCCCUUCGUUUGGGCCUGCGCCGCACCCGGCGCCCAUCUUACACGCAAGAGAAGCCGUUGUCGACCAAAGUUCCUCCAUCCCUCGCUGAACUAGAAUGUCUGCGUCUGCCUACAGCUGGCUCCUCCCCCCCCCCCCCCCCCCCCCCCCCGAAGAGUACAAGCCCAUGGGAAGCCCAGUUGCUGUCGUGGCUGGUACCACAAGCCAAGAACGGGGAUUAAAAAUAAAAAACCGAACUGCUGCCAAGUGCCUCCUCGGGCGCACACCAUCGGGACUGCAAUUUUGACAUCCAGUCACUUGGGUCUGCCAAUGCUCGUAUUGUCACCUUUUGCCUGUUUGAGUCAGGGGGGGCACUACACGAGGACUUCGACAACCAAGGCCAGCGGCCCUGACUAACGGUUAACCCGACCUUCUUGGCUCUCAUUUCUUCUUCGCCUGAGUCCUUUGCGACGAUCCCACUACCAGCAUCAGCCGGUGGUCGUGCGCUCUGUUUGCUCACAGCGUCCCCCGCAAAAGAAAAAAAAUCAACACUAAUAGUACGAGAUCGCAAUAUCUCUCCUCCUCCGUAUGGACGUCCCGCGCUGGCCCUGGCGCCUUGCAGACAGCCGUCAUAGUCACACACCAUACACUCGUUCUCACUGGCACCAGCGGUGGCUGCGAUCUCCCCGCCGCCCUUUCCUUCCGACAUUAAGCCAUACCCCGUGGCCGCGCCCCUUGCGGGACAAGCACUCAACCUUGCAAGUUGCAAGACAGACUUGCUCGUGUACUGAACCACAUCCCCUCCCCUCCCCCCGUUCUCUCCUUGCCUCCGAUCCUCCUAUUUCUGGGGCCGUCCAGCCAAGAAAGUUCAGCGCCAGCGAGAUGCCUGCGACCCCAUGUUGCCCGAAAACUCGGCCGCCGCCGUCGGGCGCGGCACACGGACAUGGCGCCGCGCCUACGAUCAACUCCUGCCCAGCCUUCCCCACGCACUGCUCGGCGGGUUAGCCCAUCACUUUCAUUUUAUCUUCUUCCCGGGGCUUUCUCAUGCACGGGAAGGCUUGUGGGUCAUCCCUUGGCGUUGUUGGUUGGAUAUAAGUGUAUCACACUCUCCCCGUAACUAUGACCGCGUACCGACGAUAUCUCCCUCAUCCACCGCAGACACUCGCUUCUAUACCGCACCAUCCAGCCAAGAUGCUUGUUAGAGUACACUCGCUUUCCCUCCUCGCGGCCAUUGCCGCCUCUGGUGGACUGGCCGCCGCCGUUCCUCUCGAGUCUUCAUCUGCCUUCACCGCCAGAGACCUGCCUCGUCCUCGAUUCGGGAGCGUUCCGUAUGGCGUCAGCAUCACCCACUGCACCGUCAACGGCAAGGUUGCCUUGACUUUCGACGACGGUCCCGGAGAGUACACCGAGAAGGUCCUCGACACCCUCGAGAAAAACGGCAACAUCAAGGCCACCUUUUACCUCGUCGGCACCAAUGGUAACAACGGCGUCGCCAACCCGACUUACACCCCUCUGCUGAAGCGCAUGUUGGGCGCCGGCCACCAACUCGCCAGCCACUCGUGGAGCCACAAAGACUUCAACACCAUUUCCCGUGACGAGCAGGUCGAGGAGUUGGUCAAGAAUGAAGAGAUCUUCGCCAAGGUUCUCGGCAUCGUGCCCACCUAUUUCCGCCCGCCAUACACUCACUGUGAUGGCCAGUGUAUUUCCACCCUUAACGAUCUUUCCUACCACGUGACCGAUUACAACCUCGAUACCAAGGACUGGGUUGACGGCGGCGCCAACUCCAAGGAGGCGUACUCGAGCGCCAUCAACUCGGCCAACCCCGCCAGCUCUUCCUUCAUCGCACUCUCCCACGACAUUCACUCCUUCACCGUCAACGGCUUCGUUCAGUACAUGAUUGAUGUCGCCAAGGAGAAGGGCUUCGAGUUUUCCACUGUCGGCGAGUGCCUGGGUGACCCUGCUUCCAACUGGUACCGCGACCCCAAGAGUGGCGAGCCCUCGGGCGGUAAGGAGGAACCCAAGCCUACCACGACCAGCAAGUCCGUAGCGCCCACCACUAGCUCUGCUUCCACUUCCACCACCUCCCCCACGGAGACCAAGACCACUGCAUCGAGCACCACCGAGUCCGAGACGGCGAAGCCAUCCGUUACCGACAAGUCCGCUUCCGAGACCGAUGAACCAGAGACGGAGACCGAUGGUCCCACUUCCACCGCCGUUAACCCUCCUACCGCCUCGCGGACCGUCGAUGGCGGCGCCAACAUCGGCAUCCCCGUGACGCCUACGGGCACAACCGGCGCGCCGAGACCCACGAGCACGAACACUGUCGUCGAGGUCAACGCUGCUGGCCGCGCCGUCUUGUCUGCCGGUGGGGCCCUUGCUGGUGCCCUGGCGUGGGCGAUGAUGAUCUGAUGAACCGCACAUCGCAAACCAAACGCCACAUAUCCCGUAGCAGGGAAUACCAAGACAUAAUCUUCGUGUAAUACUUUGGGUAAUGCUUAAUUUUGGGCAUCACUGGGUCGACAAGACGCGGACGCCGAGACUGAGACGAGAUGAAUACAUGAUACCACGCCAUCCAUGUAUUCGGGUUGAUGUGUACUGGACAUAGAUGCAUGAAUAGCCGAUUCGAUAUGAGAUCAAAAUCUUUUUUUUUUUUUACGUGCAUAGCGUACUGGCUGUGUGCUGCUCCUUUUGUCUAGCGGACCAAAAGACAAUGUGGGGUUUGGUCUGGAGUCAAGGUCAACGAAGCCUGACGUGGACAAGGAUAACGACAGGGGAUCGGCUCCCACGUCGCAGGCAACUGAAUAAACCCUUUGGGAGACUCUGACUGCCAUUUCUGAGUUGUUAUGUAGUCCAGAUGGUACGCAAAGUCCAACCAAGCUGAACCACACAGCCUCCC